CUGGGCUGCCUCUGCCUUCCAUUGAUCUAUUUGAUUUUUGUGCUCUUACUGUUUAUUUUUAUAAGGCAAGUCUUGUGAUUUAUUAAGGGAGAAAGACUAGACUUACAGUGUUUCCUCUUCCUGCCAGGGAGCUCUGCCUCCUUACAGGUGCAAGUGUGACUCUCCAUCACUCAGUAAAGCUCUGUGGCAUUUUCCUUUACACAGUGGCUUCUAGUUCUGGAGAGGAGAAUAUUCCUAGGUGCUGUCUGUGCUGGCGGCGGUUGUGUUGCUUUGGGAUUAUUUUCAACGAAUUAUCUUCUGAGCUGUUGAGAAUUUGGGAUCCAGAGGAAUUGAGUUGGUGAGACUGAGCAGGGGUUGGGGGGAUAUGGGGAGAAAUGUUUUGGGGGAAGUGUGCUCAGGACAUCCUGGAGCAGAGAGAGAGGGCAAGCUGGAACAGGUGCCAGAGCGACUGAGCUUGGAGUGAGGUUUGUGCAGGUGGAGAAGCAGGAGGGGACUCAGAGUUGUGGGAUGAGAGCCAGCCUGCCUUGGGGCUGCAGGGAUCUGAGGUACAGAGAGAAGGCAACUCCCCUAGACAGACUUGCCCUUGUUGGUCCAUCCAAAUACAUGUCCGACAUGUUCACCCACUAUUUAUUCAUUAAUUUGACAAUAAUCUCUGGAAUCCUUGUGAAUGUGUCCAUGUAUUCUACUAGAUGCUGGAGAUAUGAUGGGGGAAAUGAAUGAAUGACGUCUCUCUUCUCAUGGAGCUGACGUUUAGGCAGCAGCAGAUGAAUGCUGGGAAGUGGUUAUGCCUGUACACGCACGCGUCAUAGAGUCUAAGGGGAAUGGGUUCCAGGUGGCUCGGACAGGAGUCGUUUCAGAGGCUGCAGAGGAGGGUGAGCCAUGUAGGGCCUAGGGGUGGGCACUCCUGGCAGAAGGAAGGGUAAAUGCAAAGCCCAGGGGCAGGAGCAUCCCUGGUGUGCUUGAGUCCCUAGACCUGAGUGAGGGUAAGCAGAGAGCGGGAAGACGUGAGGAGGCACCUGGGUCCCCAGGCCACAGAGCACCAAAAGCCCUACCGAGACAGCGGUGGGGCCUCUGAAGCCGUGAGGAGGCGGCAAGGCUCCGGUUCCCUGCCCCUGCCACAGUUCAAGGUAGGCCCAGUUUGAGGUUGGGUGAUGAUUGUAUGUACGCGAGCGUGUGCGCGGUUAAGUGAACAUGUUCUGAAUUUGUGUGUGUGUGUCUGAGUGUUCAUGUAUGUUUGAGUGUAUGUGUGCCUGAGUGGUUGUGUGUGUCAGCAUGAAUGUACAUGUGUUCACGUGUGUAAAAGUGUCUGCAUGUGUGCUUUUAGGCAUUUGUAUCUCUGUGUAUGUACGUGUGUGUGUGUGUGUGUGUGUCUUUCUGAGUGUUUAUGUACAUUUGAGUGUAUGUGUGCCUGAGUGGUUGUGUGUGUCAGCAUGAAUGUACGUGUGUUCACGUGUGUAAAAGUGUCUGCAUGUGUGCUUUUAGGCAUUUGUGUCUCUGUGUAUGUACGUGUGUGUGUGUGUGUGUGCAUGCACACUGUAUGUUUGCGUCUCUGACAACACACAAAGCAGGGAAGGUCCUGCAGGGAAUGGGAUGCUGGUGGGCAGCCUCUCCUGGCAGCCUGGCUGGGGCUGUGUCCUGGCCAUGGGUCACAGAACACUUCAAAGUCACUGAUGAGGUCACAGAAUAAAGCCAGGAGCCUAGUGACCACGGGCACCUAGCAGCCACUUGGACUGAGGCCAGGGGAGGCUUCAGCGCCUGCCGAGCCCACUCGCACCCAACAGCUGGAGCUCUGUGACCCCGGGUGCUCGGGUCAUCAUGAAGCACCACUUGACAGACCGAAGGGGAGAACAGUCACCCACGGACCAGUCCACCCUCAGCCGGGCCAGCCCGGAGUCCACGGAGGAGAGUGUACAAGUGCACCGGACAGGGCCCGUGAAGAGAGAGCAGCUGUCUCCACCGCCAGGCCCAGCCAUCCCCCACGCGGAGAACGUCUACUUCUCGGGCAAGGGUCGGGGGAUGUUGAGCUGGAGCAGCUCGCCGUCAUCCCAGUCAUCCUCUGAGUACCAGUCCUAUUCCCAGUACCAGUCUUGCCAUUCCUGCACUUAUGGGGACCAGGACGCUGCCCAGCAGAGCAUGUGCGCCUUCUACACCCACGUGAAGACCGUGCAGGGUGUGGCCGUGGCCUGGGAGACCGACAGCGGCUUCGAGCCGGUCACCCGACAGCCCCGCAUCCGCGAAGCCAAGUUCAUCAGGAGGCAGAGGCGGAAAGGCUCCUCCUUUGAGAUGGCUUCCAAUACGGACCUGCGCUGGGAACUGGAAGCCAGCAAGAACAACACCAGCUCAGAGCCAGAGGACGCGGAGCUGCUGGCGCCCCUGGAGUGCUGCCUGCAGGAGCUGCGGGACACCCCGGACUGGCUGGUCACCACCAACUGCGGGCUGCGGUGCGUGGCCUGCUGCCGGGUCUUCCCCACCCUGGAGGCCCUGCUGGAGCACGCCCAGUGUGGCAUCCAGGAGGGCUUCAGCUGCCAGAUCUUUUUUGAGGAGAUGCUGGAGAGAAGGAGGGCCCGGGAUCAAGGGCAGGAACAAGAGCCAGAGGAGGAGCAGGAGAGCGCUUCGGACAGCAGCAGAUGCCCAAGGCCCCGCGCCAGGCUGCCUUCAUCACAGUCACAGACGCAGAAGCAUUGAGCCGGAGGUAUGCGCCCUGCCCUGUCCUCACCUCUGGCACCGCGGUCGCUCCUUUCCCGGCCAUCAGGACCAGAGCCACCAGGGCAGGGAGAAAGGAUGAGGGCCGGGGAAGGAGGCGAGCGGAGUGUAGAGCUGGGAGGUGAAGACGUCGGGGAAGUCACCCUCCCAAAGGGCACAGCCUUUCAACCAGAAUCCAUUUCAAACCGUGAAUCAAGUGUUUCUUACAGUGGGUGCAAGACCUGAAAGCCCGCAAGCUUGUGGCCACAGGGAGUUCUAUUUUUGCUGGCGGGUCAAGCAGGUCAUGACUCGCAGGAGAGACAACUACAAACGAAAUUUCAGCCCUAUUUUUUCAUUGUUAGGAACUCAUCAUAGGCCCUAAUUCUAUAUCUUAUUUUAUUGGAAUUAAACUUGAA